UGUCAUCAUCGAAGACAGCCAUCAAAAAGAUUUCCUCCACAGCUGAUUCAACAGACAACAUACAAGAAAACACAAAGGUUUUUCAUUAGUGCUGUGUUUUCGCGUUUUUCGUCGUAGAAGAAAAUUCUUUUCCGCAAAAGUUUACGUUUUCCGAACAGUGAAUUAGUGUUUGGCUAGAGACCGGAAGUGUUGUGCAUCGGUGCGUUUACGCAACAUAGAAAUCUCUCGUUAUUAUGUUCAACUUUGACGGUGACUUUCGUCGACGGCCGCAGCAAAAUCUCGGCGGAGCAUCGCAAAAGUCGGACCGCUUGACCAUAAUCCGGAAGGCGCAGCAGGAGCGCCAGAAGCGAGAGGAUGCCCGCCGCCAGCAGAACGGAGCCACGGUCAUCCAGAGCUCGGUUCGCAGUUUUGUCCAGCGGCAGACCGUGAAGCGCCGGGAACGGGAUCGAUUCGACGAGUAUCGGAGGACUUGCGGUGUGCGGAACUUGCGGGAUUUGGAGUACCUGGUCAAGCGGAUCGAGUUCUUCUACCACCUUCGGAAGGACGGGGAACGAUUGAUAUUCUUGUGUCAGUAUAUAAUCAAAGCUCCCGCGGAAGUGUUCGGAGUGGCCGCAUCCCAGUCGAUCUGGACCCAUCGAAUCAAGAAGUUACUGGGCCUCUGUCUGCAGCAGAUAUUUCUUCCGGAGCAUUCGCCGACCAUUCCGAUGCGUAUGUUGGAGAUAUUUUCUUCCAACACCUACAUUGAUAAGUACAUUACCAAGGACAAUCCCCAGGCUAGCCGGACCUAUCUGGAGAACAUCUUCUGUUACCUCAUUCGACAGAAGUAUUUCAAAGUCGUUCGACAGCUAAUCGAGGAAAAGAUUCCUGCAGUUGACGAGGACACCACAACGAUUCCCAAUCCAAUUGCCGAUGCCCUUCUGCAGAUGCUUCUCCGACCGUUAAAACUGCUGCCCACGUCGAACGAAGCGUUCAACAAGAAUAUCCUGCAAUCCUUUACGUUCCACAUCCUGUCGCCGGCCUUUUCCGACCAGGUCAAACACUACAUUGUCCCAUCGCUUGCGAAGAGCGGCGAUUUCCCUUACAUUUCCCUCAUCCGGUACAUUGCCGAAGAGUACCAGAUUCGGUUGGACUACCAGAACACGAUUCUGAUUGAUAUCGAUGACGAGAUGGAUGACCCCGCAGCUUCCAGCCCUGUGACCACCGUGACAACGACGACGACGACUGGCGAAAGCUCCGCCAGUGCUUCCAAAAGGCCACGACGAAAUAGCGAGAAGGAAACGCUAAUUCUGUCCAGCUCGUUGCUCUACUGUGUGAUGAAGCUGGGUGAUGAAGAAUUCGAGAAACUGAACACCGAAGAGCUGUACGGCGCAUACGUAAAAGUUAUUUCAUCGAUGGUUAGCAACAUCACCAAGCUUCCACGCCUGUCGAUGGACACGUAUCACCACCGGCAGGACGAUUCCAGCGAUUCCGAGUCCGAUUCGGACGACAUCCCCAUGCUGACCAGUCUGGAGAAUCAAACCCUAACGGACAUUAUCGCUAUGCUGAACGAUAAUAGGCGGGUCACGUUCGUGGUGCGGCACAUCGAUGCCGUGCUGGACAAGUCAGACGUCGUCCAGUACCUGUGCCUGAUCUGUCACAGUCUGAUGACGUACAAUCGGCUGGCGGUGUACGAGUACAAGCUGCUGUACAUGCUGGCCUCGAAGCCGCAGUUCAUCCGGUCGCUGUGGUACACGUUGACGGCGCAAACGGCCAGUCAGGGAUUCUCGUCGCCGAUUUCAUUGCUGUCGAAGGGAUUGACGAUAUCCAAAUACGACUCGGAUCGGAUAGUGCCCAUCUUGGCGUCGUUUUGUGCCCUGUUCGGUCGGCUCAUUGCCACACUCAGCGAUACGGAGUUCUGCCAGGAGAAUGUCCUGCCCGGCACGGUUAGUAAAAUCAUGCCAUUCACACUGGCAGAAAUCAUCCCGCUCAGCACAACGUUGAAGGAAAUCUCUCUGGGGCUGGUAGAGCUUGCGUUCCCCGAAACGCGUUCCUCCCUCAAGGACAGCUACCGGACUAUGCUGACGUCGCUGAACAACGAGUCCACCUCUCACUACCGGCUCAAGUGCGACACCAACGAGCAGAGCAAAAACGUUUGGCCCCAUCUGUUGAAGGUUUGCGUAUCGCUGCUGCGACAAAUCCAUACCCGCGAUUUGCGACGGGUGUUCUGUCCGGAAGGCCACUGGACGGCUCAGAACCUCAAUCUCCCGCUGGAUAAACCCACCGAUUUGCAUCUUUCCCGGGGAAGACGAGGCCCACGACCGUUUCAACCGAUUCGGGACUUCACCCGCGAGGACGUCGAAGACGGGCCUCCGCUGUCUACGAAGCAGAUCCGAUCGAUAACGAUUCUGCGCGAGAUUCCUUUCGUGGUGGCGUUCAACACUCGGGUAGGGGUCUUCCAGGGUUUGGUGGCAGCGGAUAAACUGCGGACACAGGGUGAUUUGCAAGGAUUUCUACAGGGGCCGUCCAUCCAGUUGACCGUGCGAAGAUCUCAUCUGUACGAAGACGCGUUCGACAAGCUGAGUCCGCUUAACGAACCUGAUCUGCGGCCAAAGUUUCGCAUUGAAAUGGUCAACUCGGCCGGCAUGCGAGAAGCUGGUAUCGAUGGGGGUGGAGUCUUUCGAGAGUUUUUGUCCGAGCUUAUCAAGACUGCGUUCGACCCGCACCGUGGCUUUUUCAUGAUCAGCAAAGACAACAUGCUGUACCCGAAUCCCAGUGUUGGUAAAAUUGUCGAAGAUUACCAACGGCAUUAUUAUUUCAUCGGACGGAUUCUAGGGAAAGCAUUGUACGAAAAUCUGCUCGUAGAACUUCCGCUGGCGGAAUUCUUUCUCUCGAAACUGGCGGGAAAGCACUCGGACGUCGAUAUUCAUCAGCUUGCAUCGUUGGAUCCGGUGUUGCACAGGAACCUUAUGUCGCUAAAGGCCUAUGAAGGUGAUGUUGCGGAUCUGGGCCUAGACUUUACGAUAGUAUGCGAUGAGCUUGGAGAAACGAGGAUAGAGGAGCUGAAACCGAACGGAGCGAACAUCAUGGUCAGUUCGUCGAACCGGCUCGAAUACAUCCAGCUGAUGGCCGACUUCAAGUUGAACAAACAGAUCCGCUCGCAGUGUCUUGCCUUCCGGCAAGGGCUGGCGAAUGUGCUGCCCAUCGAGUGGUUGUACAUGUUUAGUAAUAAGGAACUGCAGGUACUGAUCUCCGGGGCGGAAAUCCCCGUGGAUGUGAACGACCUCCGGCAGAACACCCGCUACGGGGGUGAUUUCACUCUGGAGCACCAAACCAUUCAGCUGUUCUGGAAAGUGGUGGAAGAGUUCGACGAUAUUCAGAGGCGGCAGUUGCUCAAGUUUGUGACCAGCUGUUCGCGACCCCCGCUGUUAGGUUUCAAAGAUUUGGAUCCACCGUUUUGCAUACAGAACGCUGGCGAUACCGAUCGUCUUCCAUCGGCGAGCACCUGCAUGAAUUUGCUGAAGCUGCCGGCCUUCGAGAAGGAGGAUGUGCUCCGAGAGAAGCUGAUCUACGCUAUCCAGAGUGGGGCUGGAUUUGAACUGAGCUAAAAGGUACGAACAAUUGCUGGUAAUUAGGAUACCAAUUUGUAUGAAUGCGUGUCAUGUGUGUGAAUUAGAUGUUCCCCCAUUUUCGUUGGUCUGCGCUGGUGUAAAAUUUUAUAUGUGUCUCCCUUUACGGUUUGGGUUCCACUUUUCCGCUUUGUCCGAUCGCCUCUUACGGUUCGGUUUCGCUGAUUCCAACGAUAGUUAAGAGAUGUUGUGUGAAUAGUUUUCCGUAUCACGAUGAAAGCAAUUGUAAUCACUAUCAAUUAAAACCUAAGUAAUUUAUUUUGCAAGAGAAAAUAUUCUAGCGCUAGUACAGAUGUCCCUAUUCUCAAUUCAAUGACAAAAUUAUACGGAUUAUGAAGUUGAAAGCAAGUAAUUAAAGACGCAAUUUAUGAAAAUA